AUGGGAAACGCACAGAGCCAGGAGGAGGCCAACAACAAUGGAGCUGCUCGGCAGCACCGUCCAGCGGACAACAACGGCCAUCACGACCCCAAGGGCACCGCCGAUCCGCAGCCCAUCCCCCAGGAGGGCUCCGACAACACACAGAACCAUGUGAGCCAUUCGCCAGAGCAAAUGUCCGCCAACUCGUCGCAUGUCAGCGCAACACCCUUCAACAACCCAUUUGAGCCCGCCUCGUACCACAAAGAGUCGCCUGCUCCGGAAAGCGUCCCCGUCCCCGUGGCGCCCGCAAAGAGCCACCCCCAGCGGCCCAAGAUGCGACGAAAGUCAACUUUGCUGCUGGAUGAAGACGAACCCGUGGGAGAGAACGACGACGAUAUCCCCUUCGACAAACUCAACAUCACCCAUCCCACAUCCAACGAGCCCAAGCCGCUGUCACGGGUGGACUCCGGCGAAGAGAUCGAACUCACCUCCCCUCAGGUGACCGAAGGAAAGAUCCCCCUCGAAAUCAAAUGGACUCAGGGAGGCUCCAAGGUCUACGUUACUGGAACCUUCACUGGUUGGAGAAAGAUGGUGGCUCUGACCCCGGACCCCAACAAGAAGGGCGUCUUCUCUACCACCCUUCAUCUUCCUCCUGGAACCCACAGACUGCGAUUUGUCGUAGACAAUGAGCUGCGAUGCUCAGACUACCUCCCCACAGCCACAGACUCCAUGGGUAAUCUUCUCAACUACGUGGAGGUGGGUCUAUCGGACACCGAGGAACGGGCCGACCAGAAGGAUCUGCAUCCCAUUUCUCGAGCAGGCAUCAUCCCCAGUAACGACGAUCUGGGAGGAGGCUACGAGCGGUUCACUGAAGAAGAUCUGCCCAAGGAGGAGUACGAGUUCACACCGGAAAUCCCGGCUCUGUUCACCGACACAGAAGUGAUGGAGCAGUACAUCUCCAAAGAGUUGCCCACGCCUCCCCAACUGCCUCCCCAUCUGGACUCGGUCAUUCUCAACACAAACUCCACCGAAAAGGAAGACAACUCGGUGCUGCCCAUCCCCAACCACGUCAUUCUCAACCAUCUGGCCACCACGUCCAUCAAACAUAACGUUCUGGCCGUGGCCUCGGUCUCCCGGUACUCUCGUAAGUACGUGACCCAGGUUCUCUACGCUCCUUUGCCUCUUCAGGCAUAA